GCAACAUUUUUAGUGUCUUCGACUCCCCGAGGAAAAUGUCUGCUUUCGAAAGACUCGAAAAUUAUUUUCAUGCCAUAAAAUAAUAGAUAAAGCGAUUAUUAUUAAAAGUUUAGAAAAUAGUCAGAAUCUUUUAAAAAUGGAAAUAAAAAAUCGGACCGUUGGAAAUAAAUAGGAAAUUAUAGUUGUAAAGUGAAUCUCAUUAAGUGUGUGUGAGGACAUGUCCUGCAGUGUUUUGGUUUGACUGUGGCAUUUGUGAACAACAACAAAAUGUCUGACGAGGAAGAUUCUUCCCCCGACUGGGCAUUGGCGCCUACUAAUAAUGUUCCAGUUCUAGGUAUAAAGAGGUUAAAGCAGAUAGAGACGAUGUUCGUCUCGCGACGUCUGCAAGGACCGAGAACUCAAGGUCUGAGCGUUGAGACGCUCCUGGACAUGCUGCUGGUGCUGUACGAUGAGUGCUGUAACAGCAGCCUGAGGCGGGAGAAGGCGAUAGCUGACUUUAUACAAUAUGUUAAACCGGUGGCCACAGCUCUGAAGCGUUUACGGUUAUCUCGGGACGACUUCGAGCUCGUGAAGGUGAUAGGACGAGGGGCCUUCGGGGAGGUUUGCGUCGUUCGAGCGUCUUUUAUGCAGGGCACUGACAGUGGAGCUAAUUCAACGGGAACUGCAGUGUCUGCUACAGCGGGGGAUAGGGUGUAUGCUAUGAAGAUUUUGAACAAAUGGGAAAUGCUUAAGAGAGCAGACACGGCGUGUUUCCAAGAAGAACGGGACGUGCUCGUAUUUGGUGACAGGAGAUGGAUCACCAACUUGCACUACGCUUUUCAGGAUGAACAUAAUUUGUACCUGGUGAUGGACUACUACUGCGGCGGAGACCUGCUGACCCUGCUGUCCAAGUUCGAAGACCGUCUGCCCGAGGACAUGGCGCGCUUCUACAUCGCGGAGAUGGUGCUCGCCGUGCACAGUGUACACGACCUGCGAUAUGUGCACCGAGACAUAAAGCCAGAUAAUGUGUUGCUUGAUGCGAGUGGUCACAUACGAUUAGCGGAUUUCGGGUCCUGUCUACGAUUGGGAGAGGAUGGCAAGGUACAAAGUAAUGUAGCCGUUGGUACGCCCGAUUAUAUAUCGCCUGAAAUUCUAAGGGCGAUGGAAGAUGGUCAAGGGCGCUAUGGUCCGGAAUGUGAUUGGUGGUCACUCGGCGUGUGCAUGUACGAGAUGCUGUUCGGCGAGACGCCGUUCUACGCGGAGUCGUUGGUGGAGACGUACGGGAAGAUCAUGAACCACGCGCGCUGCUUCCACUGCCCGCCGCCCGACGACCACGCCGCGCAGGUAUCUGAAGAAGCGAAGGAUCUCAUACGAAGGUUGAUAUGUUCCUCUGAAACUAGAUUAGGUCGAAAUGGAUUGCAAGAUUUCAAGAGUCACCCGUGGUUCGCUGGUUUGGAUUGGGACAGCGUCAGAGAGAUGCAGGCUCCCUUCGUACCGGACGUGUCCAGCCCAACGGAUACGUCGAACUUUGACGUCGACGACACUGACAUACGGCUGUCGGAGGCGGUGCCGCCGCCGCGCGCGUCCACGGCCUUCUCGGGGCUGCACCUGCCCUUCGUGGGGUUCACGUUCACGGCCGGCUCGCGCCUCUGCGACCUGGGCGCGCCCGCGCCGCUCAGCCCCGCCAAGAACGCCACCAAGCAGGCGCCGUCCAACGCGAGCGACCGCGCGGCGCUGGCGGCGCUGGAGCGGGAGAACGCGCUGCUGGCGCAGACCAUCGCCGAGCUGCGCGCCGACGGGCCCGCCGGCGACGACGAAGUAACACAACUUAAAGAGGAAAUAUCAACGCUCUCGCAAAGGAACACCGAAAUGGAGACACAAUUACGGCGUUUCGAACAACUAAACGCAUCGAUUGGUUCUCAGGAAAUAUCAUCAUCGCCCCAAGAAUUAGCGACACGCGUCAAAGAGUUGGAGAUCUUGAUUAACGCAAUGAAUAUGGAAAAAGAGGAACUCGUUAAAGAUAAGACUGAUUCCAUCGAGAAGCUACGGUUACAGGAUAAAGAAUUAAAAGAUGCGGUCACACAACGAAAGCUCGCCAUGACCGAGUACAACGAAGUGACGGAUAAAUUGUCCGAGUUGAGGCAGCAGAAACAGAAAUUAUCACGACAGGUACGCGAUAAGGAAGAAGAGCUGGAAGUAGCGAUGAGCAAGAUCGACGCGCUGCGGCAAGACAUCCGGCGAGCGGACAAGGCGCGCCGCGACCUGGAGGCGCGCCUCGACACCGCGCUCGCGGAGGCCACCAAGGAACGCAAGCUGCGCGAGGAGAGCCUGCGGCUGCAGCGCGUGGAGGCGGGCGAGGCGGGCGGCUCGGCCGCGGACGUCGCCAAGCUGCAGGCUGACAUCGAGGCGCUCGAAUCGCAGUACUCGGAGUCGCUGUCGCAGCAGCAGGCGCGCUUCGCGGCCGAGCUGUCGGCGCUGCGCGAGCAGCUGCACGACGCCGACGCGCGCACCGCGCGCCUCAACCGGGAGUUGCAAACGUCGAAGGAGAAGUUAGAAAACCGUCGUUUGGAACAGCUGAAUGAUAGUGAGGACAAACAGAUGCUCAUCAAUGAGAACAGGAAACUCGCGAAGGAUCUCGAUGCGAUGGCAGAUAAUGGUAGAAGAUGGCAAACCGAGAGGCGACAACUGGAACUGGAGUUAGACGAGUUACGCGCCAAACGCGAUUCUAUGCAGCACUGGGAGACUCAGAUUGCUGAUAUAAUUCGCUGGGUGGCUGACGAGAAAGAGGCUCGAGGGUAUCUACAGGCACUCGCUACGAAAAUGACCGAAGAAUUAGAUUAUCUUAAGCAUGCGAGCGCGGGGCGCGGCGCGCCGUCGUCGCCGGCGGGCGCGGGCGGCGCGGGGGGCGCGGGCGCGGGCGGCUGGCGCAACCGCCGCUCGCAGAAGCUGGACAAGAUGGAGAUCCUCACGCUGCAGUCGUCGCUGCACUCCGAGAUCCAGGCCAAGCAGGCCGUGGCCGAGGAGCUCAGCCGCACGCGCGCCGAGCUGCUCGCCAGCCAGAGGGAACUGAUGGAGACCCGUCAGCGUCUCGACACGCUCGCUCACGACAUGAAGCGCAAGGAACAGCACAUACGAGACAUACAAGCGAAGCUCGACCAGCCCCAUCAGCCGUCCAACUCCUCGAGGCAGGGCUCGGCUAAAUCGUCGAGCUACUGGAGCGGUAAAGAAGAGAACGUCCUCGAUCGUCCGCCGUCACAGAUGAGCUACUUGGAGCAAUUCUUGAAGGAAGCGCCAACGGAGAGGCAUUAUGAUAAUGUAGCUUCUAUGAACAAUGAGCAGAAGAUGUCGCCGCAAUACCGUUACAGAAAUGCCCAGUAUUAUUGCAAUGCAAAGUUGAUGUACGGCUCGCAGCAGUCGACGGCGAUGAGCGGCUCCGCGGAGUCCCAGGACGAGAUGGAGCCGCGCGCCGCCUCGCCCGCCUCCUGCAAGAGCUCGCCCAGCGAGAUGUCCACUUACUCGUUACAAGAUCCGACGCUCGGCCCGACCGUGCCCGGAAAGCAGAAGGUUCACCAGUUCCUAGUGAGGACUUUCAGUAGUCCCACAAAGUGCAACCACUGUACGUCGCUAAUGAUCGGGCUGACGCGGCAGGGCGUGGUGUGCGAGACGUGCGGGCUGGCCGUGCACACGCGCUGCUGCGGGCGCGUGGCGCCGCGCUGCCCGCUGCCGCCCGAGCGCUCGCGCCGCCCGCUCGGCAUCGACCCCGCGCGCGGACAGGGCACCGCCUACGAGGGCUACGUCAAGGUUCCGAAGCCAGGUGGCGUGAAGAAAGGUUGGAUGCGUCAGUUCGUCGUGGUCUGCGACUUCAAAUUGUUCCUAUACGACAUAUCUCAAGAUAGAAACGCGUUACCGUCGGUGUGUGUGAGUCAAGUAUUAGACAUGCGGGAUCCAGAGUUCAGUGUGACGUCGGUUAAGGACUCUGACGUCAUUCAUGCGAGCAAGCGUGACAUACCGUGCAUAUUUAGGAUAUCAACGUCUCAACUCGAAGGCGGGAAGAGAUUCCAUACGCUGAUGUUAGCCGAGUCAGAGUCCGAAAAGACGAAAUGGGUGGUCGCACUCAGCGAGCUACACAGGAUAUUGAAGAGAAACAAUUUACCUGACAAAUAUGUGUACAGCGCGGCGUGCGUGGCGGAGGCGAGCGGCGCGGGCGCGGGCGCGGCGGCCGUGCGCGGCGCCACGUGCGCGUGCGUGCUGGAGGGCGCGCGCGUGUGCCUGGGGGGGGACUUCGGCCUGGCGCUGCUGGACCUGGAGCGCGCCGAGCUCGUGCCGCGCCGCGCGCACGCGCCCGUGCACCGCCUGCGCUACGUGCCGCACGAGCAGUUGCUGGUGGUAAUCGCCGGUCGAGGUCGAAACGUGCGUCUCGUGCCUAUCAGAGCGUUGGAGUGUCCCGAGGCGGAGAGCGUGAAGCUGGCCGAGGCGAAAGGCGCAGUGGACGUCGCCGUCGGUGAGCUCAACUCGUCGGCAUACGGAUUCGCCGUUGUGUGUAAACGUCAGAACUCGUGGGCCGUGCUGGUGUACGAGAUCACGCGCACGGCGGCGCGGCGGCAGCGCGUGGCCGAGCUGCGGCCCACGGCGCCCGUGCUGAGCGUGCAGCUGCUGCGCGGCCGCCUGCUGCUGGGCUACCGCGGCGGGCUGGUGGCGCACGUGCUGCGCGCGCACCACGAGCAGCCGCAGGCGCCGCCCGCCGCGCUCGUGCACCCCGAGAACCAGGUGGGCGUGUUCCUGGCGCACUCGGGGGCGCGGCCGCUGGUGGCGCGGCCGGCGGGCGCCGACUGGCUGCUGGUGUUCAGCGCGCUGGCGCUCUACGUGGACCGCGCCGGCCUGCGCGCGCGCGACACCGAGCUCAUGUACACGGCGCACCCCGUCUACCACGCCAUCAACGAUACACAUCUACUAAUAUUUACGACAUCACACAUCGACAUCUACGAGAUCGACUCCGGAGAGUGGGUGCAGACUAUUAAUUUACCCAACGCGCGGCCGCUGGACGAGGCGGGCUGGAUCGUGCUGGUGGGCGGCGCGGGGGCGGCCACCUUCCCCUUCUCGGCCGACGCCGCGCCCUACCUCGUGUACCUGCGCCCGCUGCUCGCGCCCGGUCCUCUAAAUCUAGAGUUGACGUCGUACGGAACGAAUAAGCGUCGUUUCUCGGUGCGGGAACAAUCACACCAAGCGAUAGAGGCUCAUAACAGAUUGUCGGAGCGGCGCUCGCGGCUGAUCUCGGCGCCGUCCAACUUCGCGCACGUGUCGCACAUGGGGCCGGGCGACGGCAUCCGCUCGCAGCGCCUGCUCGACCUGCCCACCACGCUCGAGACCGCCGACCGCGACCACCACGACCACCAUCAGAUGUUCGGCAGCCGAGACAGCAGCAAGCGGACGUCGCCGCUGACGAUAUCUCACCCCACCGGCUCUUACAACGGCUCGUGGCGGGCGCGCUCGCGGGACGCGCCGCAGGAGGCGCCGCCCUCGCCGCCGCACCGCAUGGAGCGGUCCCUGGGCGGCGGCUCGUGCGGCAGCGGGUCGGCCCUGGAGCGCUGCCUGACGCCGCUCAGCCUCGGCAGCAUGAGCUCGCUGCACGACGUGCUCAAGAUGGGGACGGAUGUGGGCGAUGGGGCGCAGUCCGAGGACAGCAGCGGAGCCUCCCCGCCGCAUCCGGCGGAGCCCUGAUGAAGCCAGCUGGACACGUAUUGGAAAAUCGAUAUGUCCAGAUUCUACGCUUGUUUCUGUUGAAACGAAAUAAGGACGUUAGUUCGUUUACCUUACAUCGUGAUAUGUGUAUAAAAUUAUAUA